AUGUUUCUUUUUCACGCUAAUUCUGUGUUUCUGGUUCUUUUGGUUUAUGUCGAUGACAUCAUACUUACUGGCAGCAACAAUUCUGCUUUGUUAUCUCUGCUUGCUGCCUUGCGCAGUCAGAUUGCUAUCAAGGAUUUGGGUGAUCUUCAUUUCUUCUUGGGUAUUCAGGUUGCUCGAACCUCUGCAGGCCUUCAUCUUAGUCAACAUAAAUACAUUCAAGACAUUCUCCACCGCGCUGAGAUGCUUGAUUCGAAAAUCUACAACACCCCUAUGUCUACCGCCUCUGUUCUUUCGGCUUCUACUGGUACUUUGCUUCCUGAUGGUACACAAUACCGUCGCAUAGUUGGCGCCCUCCAAUAUUGUACUAUCACUCGCCCUGAUGUCUCCUUUGCUGUCAAUCGUGUUUGUCAAUAUAUGCACUCCCCUACCGACGCCCAUUGGCAAGCAGUCAAGCGGAUUCUUCGUUACUUGAAGGGCUCGGCUCAUCAUGGUCUUUUCCUUCAGCCUUGUUCGGAUUACAGUUUAACAUGCUAUACAGAUGCCGAUGAUCGCCGCAGUACUGGUGCUUACUGCAUUUUCAUGGGUCAUAAUCUUAUUUCCUGGCAUUCCUCCAAACAGAAAGUUGUGUCGCGUUCCAGCACGGAAUCUGAAUUUCGUGCUCUUUCUGAUGGUGUUGCCGAGAUAUCUUGGAUACAAUUUCUCCUUCGUGAUCUUCGUAUGCAGCAGCGCAUGGCUCCUCUCUUACUGUGCGACAAUAUUAGCACUACCUAUCUCACAGCCAAUCCAGUUCUUCACACACGAACGAAGCAUGUUGAUAUUGAUUUUCAUUUUAUUCGCGAGCGUGUUGCCAACCAGCAGUUGAUUGUUCGUUUUACUCCCUCUGAAGACCAACUUGCUGACUGUUUGACAAAAGCUCUUCCUUCAGCCCGGUUCCUGCUGUUAAGAUCCAAACUCACUGUGCUCUCUCGCCCCAUGAGUUUGCGGGGGGAUGAUAAGUAG